UUUGAAUUAAUCCUGCAAUUAGCUAGAUUUAUCAAAUAAUUUAUCGACAGAAGUGCAUAUUUUAUCUGUCAACAUAUGUGCUGAAUUUUUCCAUAUUGCUUAAGUCGUCUGUGCUGAGCCUGCAUGAAUAUCAUAAUAUUAUGUAUUUAGGUUUGUUUAUAAUAUCCGACUAUGAUCUCUAGGGGGAUAUUUUGGAUCUUAUUAUUGUCUUAGUAUUUGACUCGAGACACAGAAUGCUUCCAUUUCAGGGACGACAAAUGUCGUGGGAUUAAUUUUAUCCUUCUAUUUCAUAGGGAUAACACUUAAUUAGGUUAUUUUUAACUUUUUCCUUUGUCGAUUUAUGUAGGGAAAACAGACAGUCAUUAUUUGGUGUAUCGGUUAGAUUUUCCUUUGACAUGUGAUAAUGAAGGUUUUGUGCUGCUCCAAAUAUAUAUAGUGGAGUAUGUAUGUAGGUUCUGCUUCAAAAUCAGUUGUUCUCCAACCGAUUAAUUCCUCCAACCAUGAUCACAACUCAUCAAAAUCUCAUCUUCCUCAGCACGGCAUCUCUCAUUCUUUCGCUCCAUAAUUUGUUUGAAUCUUGUGAUGCCAAAUGCACUCCUGUGUGCGGCAUCAUUUCCAAUAUCAGCUACCCUUUCGGCCUCAAGGGCGACUCCAACAACUGCGGUGAUUCAAUAUUAGAAUUAGCAUGUGAAAAUAAUGUGACCUACUUCUCCCUCAAUUCUCACAAAUACUAUGUCAAAGCAAUCAACUUCGGCAACAAUAGCAAUUACGACGACUCUACCAUAAGGCUGGUUGAUGCUUCCAUAAAUAAUGACGACAUCUGCUCGUUUCCCACCUUUUCUACAUAUAACUAUAACUUCAUCUAUGGUCAUCCCAGGCGUCUUUCUAACCUAUCCCCAUUUCAUUCCUUACCUAUUAACUUUAUAAGCUGCCCAAAUCCCUUGACCAAUUCAUCCUUCUUCACUGAUAUCACCACUCAUUGUGUCUCUAAUUCAUCACAUCACAAAUAUGCUUAUAUCAAGGUCGGCCACAUGAAUGCCUCAGAGGUUCCAUAUGCCUGUGGAGUAGACCUCAUAGCGAUGACAUCCUGGUAUAGUUUUAAGGAUUUGAACAAUGUUUCGCUUUCAGAAAUCCAUGAGUCCCUCUUGUAUGGAUUCGAACUCAGGAUCUGCCCUUCCUGUGGACCUUCCCAAAACUUCAAUGUUUUCGAGCAUCGACAAUUUCUUGUUGUCAUUCUAGGUCUGCUGUGUGCAGCUGUAAGCCCUCCUCUAUUCACCAUCUGUGGAUUCAUUGCUAUAUUAGCACUCUUAUAUCAUAUUGUAUCAGUAGUGACUGCGCUUGUAGAGCCCCACCAAUUUAACCCGUUGCUUGCUGAAGUAGUACUUAUCAUUGACUUCAUCAUCUUGUCACCAAGGGUUGCCAUUUCUGCUUUGGUGUUGUGGCUUUUGAUUUACAAAUUCCGAAGAAGACAUUUGUCCGAAUAUAACACAAUAGAGACCUUCCUCCAAAGUGAUAACAAACUAUCACCAAUCAGAUAUUCAUAUUCAGACAUAAAGAGAAUGACAAGAGGUUUUCAAGAAAAACUAGGUGAAGGUGGCUAUGGUUGUGUUUAUAAAGGAAAGCUUCGAAGUGGGCAACAUGUAGCAGUUAAAAUGCUCGGAAAAUCCGGAGGAAAUGGGCAAGACUUUAUGAAUGAAAUAGCAACUAUUGGAAGGAUACACCAUAUCAAUGUGGUGAAACUUGUUGGAUAUUGUGCACAAGGCUCUAAGCGUGCUCUCAUCUUUGAUUUCAUGCCCAAUGGUUCUCUCGAGAAGUAUCUCUUCAAUCGAGAUAAUAUGGAUUUCCUAAAUUGGGAAACAAAGUUUCAUAUUGCAGUUGGAAUAGCUAGAGGAAUUGAGUAUUUGCAUCGAGGAUGUGACAUCCAAAUUCUUCAUUUUGACAUCAAGCCUCAUAACAUACUCCUCGACCAUAACUUCAUCCCCAAAAUAUCUGAUUUUGGGCUAGCAAAGUUAUGCUCCGUAGAGGAGGUAGUGACCUUAACGGUCGCUAGAGGAACCAUAGGGUAUGUUGCCCCAGAACUCAUCAACAGAAGUAUUGGCAGAGUCUCUUCCAAGGCGGACGUGUAUAGCUUUGGGAUGCUGUUGAUGGAAAUGCUGGGCUUAAACAGAGAGUUGAGGCAAAAUAAUGAUGAUUCUACAAAGUAUUUCCCAUAUUGGAUCUAUGACCAGCUUAAUCAAGCCAAGGAGAUUGAAAUUGAAAAGGGACAAGAUAACAAUGGUAAUGAUGAGAAUGGGAGUGUUCGGAAGAUGACAAUAGUUGCUUUGUGCUGUAUAAGGAUGAGUCCAGAUGAUCGUCCAUCAAUGAAUAAAGUGUUGGGAAUGUUAGAAGGUGAUGUGGAGUGCCUGCAGAUGCCAGAGUAUCCAUCAUCACAAUCAACACAAAUUGCUGGAAAUGAGGAAGAGAGUUGGCUUACAGAUGCAACUGAUUCUGUAUCUUUACUCCAUCACAACAACGCCAGCAACUUCGAGAUUACCAUAGCAUGA